UCUCUCUUUCUCUCUCCUCUUCCCUCCUCUCUUCUCACUCUCUCUCAAACCACCAAACCCCCUCUCGAUCAAAAACCACCCUUCUCUCUACCUCACUCACAAACAAUCACAUGCUGCUAUGUGUUUCUGUACCUACAGCGUAUGCAUAGCUCUGUAAAUAUCUAUCUCCGCACACUGUUAUGAAACAUUUCUGUUGUAUAGUGUAGAUACUGUAUAUAUUUGUAGAGAGAGAGAGCGAGAGCGUGUGUGUGUUGAGACAGUGUGCGAUAAAAAUAUGGAGAGAUACAGCGGGAUCCAGGCAAUGGAGGCAGUACCAGCGGAUCCGGUGGCGGAAUGGGCGGCAGUGGGCGGAGAAACCGGGCUCGAAGAGCCUAUGUGGCAAUUGGGCCUUGGUGGAGGGCCCGAAUCCUACCCGGAGAGGCCCGAUGAGCCCGAUUGUAUCUAUUACUUGAGGACUGGUUUCUGUGGCUACGGCAAUCGCUGCCGGUUCAAUCAUCCCCGGGAUCGUGGCACGGCUAUGGGAGCUCUCAGAGCUGGUGGAGGUGAGUACCCCGAACGUGUUGGCCAACCAAUCUGUCAGUACUACAUGCGCACAGGAAUGUGUAAAUUUGGUGGUUCAUGCAAGUAUCAUCAUCCAAAGCAAGGAGUUGGCUCUUCAGCUCCUGCAGCGCUGAAUAUUUAUGGAUAUCCUCUGCGUCCGGGAGAAAAAGAAUGUUCGUAUUAUGUAAAGACAGGGCAGUGCAAGUUUGGUGUCACCUGUAAAUUUCAUCACCCACAGCCGGCCGGGAUACCAAUGCCAGCCCCUCCUGGUCCUGGGUCUUUGACUGCCUCAGCAGCUAUGCCAACACCAGCUAUGUAUCCAGCUGGACCUUCUCCUUCUGUUCAUCAACCUUCCCAACAAUAUGGGGUUAUUCAAGGCAACUGGCCAGUUGCCAGGCCUGCUAUGCUUCAAGGCUCUUAUGUUCCUGGAAGUUACGGUCAUAUGAUCCUCCCCCCUGGAGUCGUUCCUAUUCCUGGCUGGACUCCCUAUCCGGCACCUGUUAGUCCCGCGGCUUCACCAAGUACUCAACAAACAAUUGGUACAGCCCCGAUCUAUGGGAUAACACAGUUGUCUCCUUCGGCUACUGCCUAUACAGGGUCGUACCUUUCCGUUACAUCUUCUGCUGGACCAUCAAGUGGCAGUCAAAAAGAACAAGCAUUUCCCGAAAGACCUGGCCAACCAGAAUGUCAGUACUAUAUAAGGAAUGGGGACUGUAAAUUUGGAGCUACAUGUAAAUAUCAUCAUCCACCAGAAUGGAGUGCGUCAAGGACCAGUUAUGUACUUAGCCCAAUGGGUCUGCCACUACGCCCAGGUGCACCACUUUGUUCUCACUAUGCACAAAAUGGAGUGUGCAAAUUUGGGCCCUCUUGCAAAUUUGAUCAUCCUAUGAGAUCUUUGAGCUACAGCCCUUCUGCAUCAUCUCUGACCGACAUGCCAGUUGCUCCUUACCCGGUGGGAUCCACAACUGCAACUCUGGCUCCAUCAUCCUCAUCAUCAGAUCUAAGGCCUGAGCUGCUUUCUGGGUUCAGUAAAAACCUGCCCUCGUCACAAAUUUCAUCUAUGAGCAGCUCAAGUGCAUCAGUUGGUUCAAUAUUCUCAAAUACUGGGGCUCUUCCUCAAUCGUACGUUCAGCAGUCCGGCCAGGGCUCUGUAUCUUCAAGUGGUGGCAGUAGUGCAAGUCAUGGUGGUGAGACACACGCAUCAAGCUGAUGUGGAAGUGCGAGUCUAGCAACUUCCAUAAAGCAAAGUUCAAGUUUUUGGUGCCAGCGACCUUCAUCCUUUCAGGUCUUAGCACAACCUUUAGCUACUUCCAUCAUUGUUCAUAAAUAUCACGUGGCCGCCCCCCUUUUGAAAUAAGCCAUACAUACCCAAAAAAUCAUAUUUAGCUUUUCAACUUAAUCUUUCAAUAACAAAAAGCCCAAAUCCAACCCCCCCUUUAGCUUAAUUCCCAUCCCCUGCUCGAAUUUUGGAGCUUGUUGUCUAUUUAUGCUAUCUUUUCCGGAACGGGAAAGAUGAGUCCUCACCAUUCUCAAAUCUGGACAUAAUUACUGUUUCUACACCCCUUUCAUCCCAACUCGAUCUUGGAGUGAGCAUUGCUUCUUCUCCCCCUUUUUUGAUUGGGGAUCUUAUUCUCGACCGAUAAAACUUGUAGAAAUACAGAGGAAAUAUAAUGCUUCCUUUAUAUGUAUGAUUUGUAGUUAUGUGGUGAAUUAUGAAUUGUGCUUGAAUGGUGCUUCACAAAUUAUCCAUCAAAGAGUUCAGAGGAAA